GGGGAGCCAUCAAGAAGCCCCUGAGGGACCUGGUGGUGGCCGACUCGCAGACGGCGGUGCUGGAGUGCGAGGUGGCGAGCCCCACGGCGGAGGGGAAGUGGCUGAAGGACGGGAACAACGUGGACUUUAAUGAGAACACGAGAAGCGAGGCGAAGGGCGCCGUCAGACGCCUCGUCAUCGCUAUCACCAAGGCAACCGACGUGGGCGAGUACACCUAUCAGGUGGCCACGUCCAAAACCACCGCCACCCUGCGGGUCGAGGCGGUGAAGAUCAAGAAGACGCUGAAGAACCUGAACGUGGUGCAGACGCAGGACGCCUCGUUCAGCCUGGAGCUGACCCAUGAGGACGUGAGGGGCGCGGCCUGGAUCAAGAACGGCGUGGAGAUCCUGCCCAGCGACAAGUACGAGAUCAGCAUCGAGGGCGCGGUGCACACGCUGACGAUCAGGAACUGCAGCACCAGCGACGAGUCCGUGUACUCCUUCAAACUCGGGAAGCUGUCGGCCAACGCCCGGCUCAACGUGGAGGCUCGAGUGAUUGAGUUCACCAAGAAGAUCAAAGACAUAAAGGUCACGGAGAAGAAGAAGGCCGUGUUCGAGUGUGAGAUCUCCGAGCCCAACGUGCAGGUGGUCUGGAUGAAGAACGGCCAGGAGCUGGAGCAGGAGGACAGGUUCUCGGUGACAGCGGAGAAGUUUGUCCACCGGCUGAUGAUCCAGUCGGUCAGGAUGUCGGACGCCGGAGAGUUCUCUGUGGUGGCCGGGUCGAGCGUCUCCAGAGCCCAGCUGGUGGUGGAGGGGAGAGACGUCCGAAUCUCUGACCCCCCCGAGAGGGACAUCACGGUUCUGGAGAAGCAGCGCGCCACCUUUGAGCUGGAGGUGAACGAGGACGAGGUGGAGGGCCGCUGGCUGAGGAACGGAGUGGAGAUCCAGUUCUCUGUGGAGCAGCGCUUCAACUACGCCUGCAUCCGGAGGGUUCACCGCCUCACCGUGACGGAGACCUUCAGGAGCGACGCCGGAGAAUACACCUUCAUCGCCGGGAAGAACCGGACCACCAUGAACCUCCAUGUCAGGCUACCGGAGCCUCCUCAGAUCGAGCGGCAGAUGCAGCCUCAGACCGUUUCCUCCGGGCGCUCCGUACGCUUCACGGUGCAGGUGAGCGGCCUGCCGAUGCCCACGGUCUCCUGGUACAAAGACUCUCAGAAGGUGAUCACAGACUCAAAGUGCAAGAUCCUCCAUGACGAGAACGAGCACACACUGAUGCUGCUGGACGUCUUCACCGAGGACGCCGCCGUCUACAGCUGUGCCGCCAGGAACGACUUCGGAGAGGCCAUGAGCUCCGCCACCCUCACCGUCGAAGUUCACGAGACUGAAUCCAGGGUUUCUGCCCCGGUGCUCAAAGCCCCCAUGAGGGACCUCCUGGUCGCAGAGGGGUUCCCGGCCCAGUUCCAGUGCACCGUCUCUGGGGAAGAUCUGCAGGUUUCCUGGUUCUGUGGCGACAGAGAGGUCAGGGACUCAGACAUCUUCAGGAUGUCUCGUUCUGGUGAAACCUACCAGUUGGACAUUUCUAAAACCCUCUCCAAGCACGAGGGAGAGUACUCAUGUAUGGCCUCAAACGCAGCAGGAAGGGUCACCUGUGCUGCGACUCUGAAUAUCGACGUCACUGCAGAGGAGCAGAAACCUGGAGCUCAGGUCUGCGACGAUUUGAAAGUGAAGCCUGUGUUCAGGCACAGGAUCGCCCCUGUGGAGAUCAACACUGGCAACAUUGCCAAGUUUGAAUGUGAAACUGAAGACGCUCCGAAUGUGAGCUUCAAGUGGUUCAAAGAUGGUCAGCCCAUCAAAGAAGGAGAUAAAUACAGGAUUAUCAGUCGCUUCAGGACCUCCUCUCUGGAGCUGCUGAGCCCCAACAGAGAGGACAGUGGUCAAUACUCCUGUAAGGCGACCAAUCAGCAUGGCUCUGACGAAUGCUCCGCCUCCCUCAAAGUGACGGAGCGCAAAGUCCCUCCCAACUUCACCAAGAGGCCCUCGGAGUCCAUGAUGGAUUCUGUGGGUAAGACGGUGAAGAUGGAGGCUCGGGUGUCCGGCUCGCAGCCGCUGAGCAUCACCUGGUACAAGGACAACAACCAGAUCUACGGCUCCGACAAAUACGCCAUGAGCUUAGAGAACAACGUGGCCGUGCUGUCCGUCAGAGACUCCAGCAGCUCUGACGGCGGCGUGUACUCCUGCGAGGCGUCCAAUGAGGCCGGCAAGGCUUCCUGUCGGGUGACCCUGAACAUCACAGAAACUGGCCAGGCUCCGAAGUUUGAUGUUCCUCUGGAGCCGGUGACGGUGAACGAGGGUGAGAAGCUGAGCCUGAAGUGUCAUGUGACCGGCUCCCCUCCUCUGAACAUCCAGUGGAUGAAGGACAGGAGGGAGCUGAAGUCCAGCGGGAACACUCGCAUCACGUUUGUUGGCGGGUCGGCCUGUCUGGAGGUCAGCCCGGCCUCAAAGAGCGAGGCUGGGGAUUACCUCUGCAAGGCCUCCAACACCACCGGCAGCAACUUCUGCAAGUCCAAGGUCACUGUGAGAGACUCAGGAGUGAAGGUUUCCCCCCCGGAGGCCGCCGCCCCGGCUGCAGCCGCCCCCGUCAAGAGACUGGACAACCUGUUCUUCAUCGAGGAACUGCAGACGGUUUCUGCCACUGAGAAGGGCACCGCCACCUUCAUCGCUAAGAUCAGCGGAGACCCGAUCCCCAGCGUGAAGUGGAUGAAGGGCAAGUGGAGGCAGAUCACCCCCGGUGGUCGCAUCUCCAUCGAGCAGAAGGGCCAGGACGCCAAGAUGGAGAUCAGAGAGGUGACCAAGUCGGACUCGGGUCAGUACCGCUGCGUCGCCACCAACAAACACGGAGAGAUCGAGAGCAGCGCCGACCUGGAGGUCAGCAAGAAGGAGGAGGCGGAGGGACUGGGAGACAUCCGGACCCGGCUGAAGAAGACUCCCUCGAAGCAGAAGAGUCCCAAGAAGGAAGGAGACUUCAAUAUCGUGGACCUGCUGAGAGGACACAACCCCAAAGACUACGAGAAGAUCCUGCAGGAGCACGGCAUCCACGACUACCGCGCCAUCCUGCAGGCCAUCGAGUUCCUGAAGAGGGAGAAGGAGAUGGAGAGCGGGAAAGUGGAAGUGGAGCAUGGAGGCCAGGUGGAGGAAGAGGACAUGGCUCGCCUCAUCCAGCAGCUGGAGGGACGCGUCAGCACCGAGCCGGUGUCGGUCCUCGAGGACAUCAGCGACCAGACGGCUCCGGAGAGCCAGAGCGCCACCUUCCAGUGCCGCCUGCGCAUCAACUACCCCGAGAUCUGCCUCACCUGGUACAAAGGCACGCAGAAGCUGGAGGCCGGAGACAGGUACGACAUCGGCAGCGAGGGUGAACGCCACUUCCUGAACAUCAAGAAGUGCUCGGGCCAGGACCAGGGCAACUACCGGGUGGUGUGUGGACCGCACAUAUCCAACGCCAAGCUCACCGUCACAGGAGUGAGACAGGCAGUAGAAGAGACAGGCGAGUGGACAGAGACAGGAGACGUGUCUUCAGUGUCUGAGGUUUUCAGUUCGGAGGAUCAGAGAUCUUCAGCUGCCUUCAGAGAAUCUGAAGCGAGGAAGACGAAGGACGAGCCAAGGCGAGGAGACGCCGACCGAUCAGCAGAACCUGAACAAAAGGUUCUCAGAAAGGUCUCUCCGGAACCUUACCAACCAAAACCUUCAGCCAAGCCAAAGACCACUCCCCCCGAGCCCAGACCGAGGGCGGAGGAACCCAAAGAGCUGAAAACUGAAACUAAAGAAGCCAAGGCUGAAGCAAAGACACCUCAAGAAGCCCCUAAGGCCAGAGCCGCAGAACGUCCAAAGCCUGAAGCAGCUGUAGUUCAGCCUCCUGCAGCAAAGGUUACCCCCCCAUCAGCAGAACCUGGUCCUGCUAAAGUGUGGGAAGAACCCAGACCAGAGGAGCCUGUAGUUCAGCCGCCUGCACCAAAGGUUCCUGCCCCCAAGGCUGAAGCUGCUCCAACCAAAGUGUCUCCCCCAGAGGAGAGGAAGCCAGCUGCACCUUUAUCUCCUGCAGCCGCUGCUCCUCCUGCAGUGUCUCCCCCAGAGGAGAAGAAACCAUCUGCACCUGCAGCUCCUGCACAGAAGGUUGCUCCUCCUGCAGCGUCUCCCCCAGAGGAAAAGAAACCAUCUGCACCAAAGCCUGCAGCUCCUGCAGCUAAAGUCACUCCUCCUGCAGCUAAAGUCACUCCUCCUGCAGCUAAAGUCACUCCUCCUCCAGCUAAAGUCACUCCUCCUGCAGCUAAAGUCACUCCUCCUGCAGUGUCUCCUCCAGAGGAAAAGAAAGUGUCUGCACCAAAGACUCCAGCAGAAAAAGUGGUUCCUCCAGCAGCUCAAGUUUCACCGGUGGCCAAGACACCCUCCCCACCGGGCGUACAGGCCUCUCCAGCAGCCUCUCCGCCUGAAGACAAGGGACCAGUUUCAGCACCUGGACCAACUACAGAUGGAAAACCAUCAGAGGAGGCGCCAAAGGGCCGAGGCCGAGGACUCGGGGCGAGACAGACCCCGUCUCCCGGUGAUGCCGGCAGAGGCCGCGGCCUGAAGUCCGGAGGAAGAGGCCCGACCCCCCCGGAGGAUCCCUUCGGAGGGUUCAAGCUGAAGGCGGUGCCUCUGAAGUUUGUGAAGAAGAUCAAGGACAUCUUGCUUCUGGAGGCCGAGUCCAUCGGAUCCUCCGCCGUGUUCGAGUGCGAGGUGUCGCCCUCCACCGCCAUCACCACCUGGAUGAAGGACGGCACCAACCUGCGCGAGGGCCCCAAGCACAAGUUCACCGCUGACGGCAAAGACCGCAAGCUGAACAUCAUCGACGUGCAGCUGUCGGACACCGGCGAGUACACCUGCGUCGCCAAGAACGCCGGCAAGGAAAUCACAUGCACCGCCAAGCUGGUGGUGGAAGAGCUGCCGGUGAAGUGGGUGAAGGAUCUGGAGCCGGAGACCUCCUGCAUCAAGAGCCAGCCCAUGUACCUGACCUGCGAGCUGAACAAGGAGCGCGAGGUGGUCUGGAAGAGGAACGGGGCGCUGCUGAAGAAGAAGGCCGGCAAGGUGGCCAUCAACAUCAUCGGCAUGCAGCACGCCAUCACCAUCCAGAACGCGACGGAGGAGGACGCCGGCGCCUACACCUGUGAGGUGGAGGGCCAGGAGGACGUGAAGACCACUACCAUCGUCAAGAUCAUCGAGGUGAUCAAGGACUGGCUGGUGAAGCCUCUGAGGGAUCAGCAUGUGAAGCCGAAAGCUAAAGCUACGUUUAAGUGCGAGCUGUUCAAGGACACCCCCAACUGGAAGUGGUUCAAGGGAGACACUGAGCUGGCUCCGUCGGACAAGAUCCAGAUCGACAAGGACGGCAAGAACGUGACGCUGACGGUCAACAACUGCCAGGCAGACGACGUCUCCGACUACAUCAUCGCCGUGGAGGACCGCAGAUACUCCGCCAAGCUCACCUUGGGAGAGCGCGAGGCCGAGGUCCUGAAGCCCCUCGCCAGCCAGGAGGUGGUGGAGAAGGAGGAAGCCAACUUCGACACAGAGAUCUCCGAGGAGGAUGUGGUGGGCGAGUGGAAGCUGAGGGGACAGGUGCUAAUGAGGUCUCCGACCUGCGACAUCAAGUCUGAAGGCAAAAAGCGGUUCAUGACCCUGAAGCAGGUUCAGCUGGACCAGGCAGGCGAAGUGUCCUACCAGGCGCUGAACGCCGUCACCACCGCCAUGCUCACCGUCAAAGAAAUCGAGAUGGGCUUUGUUGAGCCGCUGAAGGACGUUUCUGUGCCUGAAAAGAAACAGGCUAAAUUUGAAUGCACCGUCACCAAGGAGGUGUCAAAGGUGCUGUGGUUCAGGGGGGCGGACAUCGUCACCCCCAGCCCUAAAUAUGAGAUAAUGGAUGAUGGCAGGAAGCACAUGCUGAUCAUAAACAGCUGUGAGUUUGACGAUGAGGCCCAGUACACGGUGGAGGUUCUGGGCCAGCGGUCCAGCGCCCUGCUGGCGGUGGAAGGCAUGAGGCUGAAGUUUGUGCAGCAGCUGAAAGACCAAACAGUGAAAGAAGGUAAAACGGUCCGCUUUGAGCUCGAGCUGUCGCACGAUAACGUGCCUGUGGUUUGGUACCGCAACGAGGUGAAGCUCCACGUGAGCAGAACGGUGCUCACGCACGUGGAAGGGAAGAGACACAUUCUCGAAAUGAGGACGCUGUGUCUUGAUGAUACCUGCCAGAUAAAGGCAGAGGCCAAAGGCAUUUACUCCAUGGCCAAGCUGACAGUCAUAGAGGGUGACGCGGUGUUCGUGGUGAAGCUGCAGGAUUACACUGCGACAGAGAAGGACGAGGUGUCUCUGGACUGCGAGCUGAGCAAAGACGUGCCGGUCAUGUGGUUCCACGAGGAGACGGAGGUCAUCGCCUCCAAGACGUUGCUGAUGAAGAGCGAGGGCACCCGCAGGUCUCUGGUGCUGAGGAAGGUGGAGCAGAGCGACCAAGGGAAAUACGUAUGUGACUGCGGGACGGACAAGACGACCGCCAGCAUCAACAUCGAAGCUCGUGACGUUAAGGUGGUGCGUCCGAUCUAUGGCGUGGAGCUGUUCGAUGGCGAGACGGCGCGCUUCGAGGUGGAAAUCUCUGAGGACGACGUCCGUGGCCAGUGGAAGCUGAACGGUGACGUCCUCACCCCGUCCUCCGAUGUGGACAUCAUCGAGGAGGGAGGAAAACACACUCUCAUCCUCUACAACUGCAAGGUGGCCAUGACGGGCGAGGUGGCGUACGCCGCCGCCAACGCCAAGUGUGCCGCCAACCUGAAGGUCAAAGAGCUGCCGAUGAACUUCCUGACGCCGCUGAGCGACGUGAACGUUUACGAGAAGGACGAGGCGAGGUUCGAGUUGGAGCUGUCAAGAGCGCCGAAGAGCUUCCGCUGGCUGAAGGGAACGCAGGAGCUGCAGAAAGACGAAAAGUAUGAGAUGAUCCAGGAAGGAAACAUGUACGUCCUGCAGAUCCGCUCCGUCGCCUACGAGGACGAAGCCAAGUACAUGUUCGAGGCUGAGGACAAGAGGACGAGCGGCAAGCUGGUCAUCCAGGGUAUCCGGCUGGAGUUUGCUAAGCCGAUCAAGGAUGUGACGGUGAAGGAGCGUGAGACGGCAGAGUUCAGCGUGGAGCUUUCUCACGACAAGGUGCCGGUGGUCUGGUACAAGAACGAUGUCCGGCUGCACCCCAGCAAGGUGGUGCACAUGUCGGACCACGGGAAGGUCCACACGCUGGCCUUCAAGGAGGUCACCAUCGACGACACCUCCAUGAUCAAAGUGGAGGCCAUGGACAAGAGCGUGACCGCCAUGCUCACCGUCAUCGAGGGCGACCUGUACUUCACCACGAAGCUGCAGAACUACACAGCGGUGGAGAAGGACGAGGUGAAGCUGGUGUGCGAGCUGAGCAAAACCAUCGCUGACGUGAAGUGGUUCAAAGACGGGAAGGAGAUCACGCCCUCCAAGAACAUCGCGUUCAGUACAGACGGGAAGAAGCGCAUCCUGAUGGUGAGGAAGGCGGAGAAGGCCAACAUCGGAGAGUACUCCUGUGACUGCGGAUCGGACAAGACAGCUGCUAACCUCAAUAUUGAAGAGCGAGACAUUAAGGUGACCCGGCCGCUGUACAGCGUCGAGGUCACAGAGACGGAAACAGCCAAGUUUGAGACGGAAAUUUCAGAAGAGGACGUCCACGGGAACUGGAAACUGAAGGGAGAGGCUCUGCACCAGAGCGCUGAUGUGGAGAUGAAGGAGGAAGGAACGAAGCAUCUGCUGAUCCUGUACAACGUGAAGAUGGAUAUGGCCGGAGGAGUCGACUUCUCCGCCGCCAACGCCAAGUCCAACGCCCAGCUGAGGGUCAAAGCGCGCUCCAUCGGGCUGCUGCGGCCCCUGAAGGACGUCACGGUGACGGCGGGCGAGACGGCCACCUUCGAGAGCGAGCUGUCGUACGAGGGCAUCGCCGUGGACUGGUUCGUGGGCGGGAAGAAGAUGGAGGCCAGCGAGAGGGUGAAGACGCGUGUAGCAGGUAAAGUCCACACGCUGACGCUCAGAGACGUGACGCAGUCGGAGGCCGGCGAGGUGAAGAUGACCUCCAAAGACUUCCAGACGGCAGCACAGCUCAUCGUCAGACAGCCGGCGGUGGAGUUCUCUCGGCCGCUGGAGGACCAAUCAGUGGAGGAGGAGGCGGCGGCCCGGCUGGAGUGUGAAGUUUCUCGGGAAGAAGCCGAGGUGCGCUGGUUCAGAGAGGGACAGGAAGUCAGGAAGACCAAGAAGUAUGAUGUCAUCAGCGAGGGACGGAAGAGGGCGCUCGUCGUCCUCGAUUGCACCCCCGACGACGCCAAGAUGUACACCUGCGACGCCGGGGACUUCAAGACCUCCUGCUUCCUGGAGGUCAUGCCUCCUCACGUGGAGUUCGUGAAGCCCUUGCAGGACGUUGAGGUGAAGGAGAAGGAGUCGGCCAGGUUCGAGUGUGAAGUGUCCCGCGAGUCUGCGAAGGUGCGCUGGUUUAAGGACGGCAGUGAGAUCAGGAAGGGGAAGAAGUACGAGAUCGUGUCUAAAGGAGUGAGUCGGAUCCUCAUCGUUCACAAAUCAGCCUUUGACGACGAGGCGGAGUACGAGUGUGACGCCCGCACGGCCAAGAGCUGCGGCAUGCUCACCGUCAUCGAGGAGGCGGCGCGCUUCACGAAGAACCUGUCCAACGUGGAAGGCACGGAGACGGACAGCGUGAAGAUGAUCUGCGAGGUGUCCAAACCCUCGGCCGAGGUGCGCUGGUUCAGAGGAGACGAGGAGCUGCCGGAGGGCGGCCGCUACGAGCACAUCGUGGACGGGAAGAAGAGGAUCCUCAUCAUCCAGGACUUGAGGAUGGAGGACGGCGGGGAGUACAGCUGCAGUCUGAGCGCCACCGUCACCACCUCCGCCAAGCUGUCACUCAGCGAGUUGGCAGCAGAGUUCAUCGCCCGUCCUCAGAACCAGGAGGUGGUAGAAGGAGAGAAGGCGGAGUUCAGCUGCUCUGUUUCUAAAGACUCGUACGAGGUGACAUGGUUCCGAGGAGAGAAGGAGGUGCAGGAAGGAGAGAAGUUCUCCAUUGUGAGCGAGGGAAAGAGACGCGCUCUCAUUGUUAAGAGCUGCGAGGUGAAGGACGAGGGAGGGUACGUGGCCCACAUCGGGGGCGUGAAGGCGUCCGCGGAGCUGACCGUCAUCGAGAAACUGAGGGUGAUCACGCCCAUCAAGGACACAGAGGUGAAGGAGGGAGGAGAGAUCGUGUUCAACUGCGAGACGAACACAGAGGGAGCGAAGGCCAAGUGGCUGAAGAACGAGGAGACCAUAUUCGAGAGCAGCAAGUACAUGAUGGCUCAGAGAGACAACGUGUUCUCGCUGAGGAUCCGCGAGGCCAGCAAGAACGACGAGGCAGUGUACACCAUCAGCCUGACCAAUCAGAGAGCAGAACAGGCCAAGUGCAGCGCCCGCGCCGCCGUGGCAGAGGAGAAGCUGCGGUUCCUGGACCCCAUCGAGGACGUUGAGACUCAGGAGAAGAAGACGAUCGGCUUCACCUGUAAGGUGAACCGGCCCGAGGUCACGGUGCGCUGGCUGAAGGCGGGACAGGAAGUGACACUCAGCAAACGCAUCGUGUACCGCGCCGACGGCCUGAAGCACACGCUCACUGUCAAGGACUGCGUGAUGGACGACGAGGGCGAGUACACCGCCGUGGUCGGAGACGACAAGUGCGUGGCCGAGCUGAUCAUCAGCGAGGCGCCCACCGACUUCACCGCACAGCUCCGAGACACCACCGUCACCGAGUUUGAGGAUGCAGAGUUCACCUGCAAGAUGAGCAAGGAAAAGGCCGCCGUCAAGUGGUACAGGAACGGACGAGAGAUCAGAGAAGGACCCAGGUACCACAUGGAGCGUGAGGGGAAGACGUGCCGACUGGUCAUCAAGGUGUGCCGGCCGGACGAUGAGUGUGAGUACGCCUGUGGAUUAGACGAGAGGAGGACCCGGGCCCGGCUCUUUGUGGAGGAGACCCCGGUGGAGAUCAUCAGACCCCCCCAGGACACGUUCCAGCCCCCCGGCUCCGACGUGGUGUUCGAGGUGGAGCUGAACAAGGACC